GACCGUAAAUCUCAAACACCCCCCCCUCUCCCCCCGGCUCCUCCAUGAUCAGCAACUUUACCCUUCACCCAUUAGCGGUCACCCUCUUCGACUGCAACCCACCACCACCGCCACUCUCGUCCGACCACCAUCAGCUCCAAAACCCACACCCAUCCUAGUCAUCGACACCCCCUCUGUCUACAAGAAAAGGAACAUGAAUGCACAGUCAAACAGCCCGAUGGGCGUAUACACUUUAUUCCGUUGCCGAAGCUCUGUUCGGGGUCUUCGUUCAAUCCGAAUCAGUGCGUAGAUCUAUUGGGGAAAAUUAAAGCUCUGUUCUUCUUGGGUGCCGAAUCGAUAAAAUCAGAGGUUUGGUGGUGGUGGUCGUGGUCGUGGCGUUACAACGCAGCGGUGAUGGUGGCUGGGUAGUGGUUGGUGUAUUUUGCAGCUUGCUUGUUCUUUCUCAUUUUUUUCUUUUCUUUUUGGUGUAUUGGUGAUCGGUGGUGAUUGGAGAUAGUGGGUGGUGGCUGCGACAGUGGCUAAGGGACUCUGUCAGGUUGGGAUUUUGGGGGUAGUUUUUGUGUUUCCUGCCGUGGCCAUGGGUGUUUGGGGGAGGGAUAUGAAGUAGAUGGUUCGCACUGGUGCUGGUUCAGAUUGACUAUUUUUCUACACUGCUCUGUUGCUUUAUUGGGCAAACAUUGAGUUUCUGUUCUUGUGAUUCAUAAUAUCUCUUGCGCUUCACCAGUACUUCGGAAAAGCACAUCUGGGUAUGGUGGGUUAUUUCAAUUUUAAUACUGUUUUUAAUGCAAUACACACUCAAAAACUACAAAAGCUAACCCCAAUUUCUGUAUUGUAUAGAUAUUGUCACAAAAUGACAAUAUCAAACCCUGGUUUCGAUUCUUCAAACCCAUCUUUGAACUUGGUGGAAAGGGUUUCCCAAAGCAAUGUUUCCAUUUUCUGGGAUUUGGAAAACAAACCACCAAAGUCUUUUCCUCCUUAUGAUGCUGCCAUUAGGUUAAGGAAGGCGGCGGCAGAAUUUGGUGUUGUUAGAUACAUGGUCGCUUAUGCCAAUCGGCAUGCCUUUACUUAUGUUCCACCAAAUGUUAGGGCACAAAGGAAAGAGAGGACAGCAUUGAAUCAGUUGGAAAAUAUGGGUGUUGUUAAGCCGAAUGAACCAUAUUUAUGUCGAGUUUGUGGGAGGAGAUUUUACACAAAUGAGAAGUUUAUUAAUCAUUUUAAGCAAAUUCAUGAGCGUGAGCAAAUGAAGAGGUUGAAUCAGAUAGAUUCUGCCAGGGGGACUAGGAGGGUGAAGUUAGUGGCCAAGUAUUCAAUGAAAAUGGAGAAGUAUAGAAAUGCUUCAAGGGAUGUUUUGACUCCAAAAGUGGGGUAUGGCCUGGCAGACGAAUUGAAACGGGCUGGAUUUUGGGUUAGGACUGUGUUGGAUAAACCACAAGCAGCGGAUGUUGCAUUGAUGAAUCAUAUGGUGGAUAUGAUGGACAAGAGGAGCGUUGAGUGCUUGGUUCUCGUGUCAGAUGAUUCAGAUUUUGUGGAGGUUUUGAACGAGGCAAAGUUGAGGUGUUUGAAGACAGUUGUCGUGGGUGAUAAUAAUGAUGGGGCUCUUAAGAGAGCUGCUGAUGCUGCAUUUUCAUGGCAGGAAAUCAUCAUGGGGAAGGCCAAGAAGGAAGCUAUAUCGGUUGUGGGGAGGUGGAGGGACCGUGAUGUUUUGAGAAGAUUGGAGUGGACUUAUGACCCUGAAAAGGAGAGAAACCAAUAUGAUUGCAAUGAAGUGGUUGAUGAUGAGAGCGAGGAUUCGGAUAUUGAAAGUUUUCUUUCUGGGGAAGAUGAUUCUAUGCAGACGGAUGACACUGUGUCUUGGUGGGAACUGGAAUCUGAGACUGUUAUAGCAUCUUCGUAAGCCUUGAAGCAAAUAUUCAUAGGUGUAUAGUGUUGAGACCUUGUUAUUUUGCUUUCUUUGUUUUAGGUGAUGUAUUUCACAAAUUUUAUGAAAGAAACAGAAGCCAUUGAUUAUCUUGGUACUAACAAAUGAAAUUGUUAUAUAUAUAUUUGCUUUAUUUCUUUCAAUGGAUGAUAAAAG